CAAGUCCAGUUGCUGCGGCUGCAGCUGUCAUUUCUUCUCUUGCCCUCUGCCGCAGUCAGCAUGGCUUUAAUCACAGGGCUCUUUACCUUCUUGUACCACUUACCUCAGAUUUACAAAUGGCUGCUGAAGCCGUAUUAUAUCGGCUCGUUCCUCAUGACCGUCGCCUUCCUUUUGGUCCGAAAGGCGCCCGGUGUGUGCCAGCACCUGGCGACCCAACGGGAGGACGGCAACUCCUGCGACUUUGACUGGAGAGAAUUGGAGAUUCUCAUGUUUCUCAGUGCAAUAGUGAUGAUGAAGAACAGAAGAGCCAUCACUAUGGAGCAGCACAUAGGCAACCUGUUCCUGUUCAGUAAAGUGGCCAACGUCAUCCUCUUCUUCAGGCUGGACAUUCGACUCGGCAUCCUCUACCUCGCACUGUGUGUCGCAUUCGUCAUGACCUGUAAGGCUCCCGUCUACAUGGGCCCAGAGUACAUCAAGUAUUUCAGUGACCAGACCAUAGAUGAGGAGCUGCAAAAGGACAGUCGUGUCACCUGGAUCGUUGAAUUCUACGCCAACUGGUCCUCGGACUGCCAGUCGUUCGCUCCGGUCUUCGCAGACCUUUCGCUCAAGUAUAACUGUGCUGGACUCAGGUUUGGAAAGGUGGACAUCGGACGCUAUGGAGAAGUUUCUGAGAGGUAUAAAGUUAGCACUUCCCCUCUGUCUAAGCAACUUCCCUCACUGGUGCUGUUCCAAGGAGGACGGGAAAUCAUGAGACGUCCAAUGGUGGACAAUAAAGGGAGAGCUGUGUCUUGGACCUUCAAUGAGGAGAACAUUAUCCGAGAGUUCAACCUCAACGAGCUCUUCCAGAAAUCCAAGAAGCUGAGCAAGGGUCGUGGCCUGAAGGGAGAGGAGCAGGACAGCUCUAAACCAGACGAGGGCAGCGACGAGCCUCAUCCUGAAACCAACCACCCAGAGCAGCCCACAGAGAGCAAGAAAGACCAGUGAGGCAUGAGAGGACAGUUCAGAGAGGCUGCAUCGUUUUUCCAUUACUUAAAACAUUGACAUGCCUUACAUUACUGAAAAAUCCAUGAUACUGUGGAAUACUGUAGAUGUCAACUUCAAGUUGAGAAUUUACUGUGGCAAAUAUCUACAUGAAAUGAAAAACUGGACCUCAAUUCACUGUUCUGGUUUGCUGUGCAGGGAUGUUUAAAUGGAGCCACGUGAAAGAUCAAUCAAUGACCUGGAGACAAUCCAUUAAGUUAUUGGAGAACAAAUGCCUUUUUUUGUAUUGCUUGUUUUUUUGGCUACCUUCAUCACUUUGCUGCCUGUACUAAUGUGUUUACAGUUCUCUCAUAUUUCAAAAACAAAAAUAGAGAAAGAAAGAAGUGCAACUCAGAUGAAAAUAAA